GUCGUCAUGGCGGCGCCCGGCGGGCUCUUGCUGGCGCUGCCGCUGCUGCUCCUGCCGCUCUCUGCCCCGCCGGCGCGGGCCGUCUACGAGGACCAAGUGGGCAAGUUCGACUGGAGGCAGCAGUACGUGGGGAAGCUCAAAUUUGCCUUCCUGGAAGCCUCCCCCGCCUCCAAGAAGCUGAUCGUGGCCACCGAGAAGAACGUGGCGGCCGCCCUGAGCCCCCGCACUGGAGAAAUCCUGUGGCGACACGUGGACAAAGGAACUCCCGAAGGGGUGGUGGAUGCCAUGCUGCUCCAUGGGCAAGAUGCCAUCACAGUUUCCAACGGGGGUCGUAUCCUGCGGUCUUGGGAGACAAACAUUGGUGGCCUGAAUUGGGAGGUUUUGAUGGACGCUGGCAGCUUUCAGAUGGCUAGUUUGGUGGGACUCCAAGAUGCUGUGAAGUACGUGGCCAUUUUGAAGAAGGGUUCCCUCCUGCUACAUUAUCUCUCCAACGGUUACCAGAAAUGGAUAGAACAUUUACCAGAAAGCGAGAUUGUCCAGUAUCAGCUGGUGUAUUCCCACGGAACAGGAGUGGUGCACGUUGUCGGAGUCGCUCCUCAAAGCCACCUCAGCGUCCUGACGUUCAGCGUUGAGGAUGGUGAAAUGACAAGGAAGAUAAGAGUGGCAGCUCCCUGGUUGAGGGAUCUAGCUGGGACUUGCGGCAUCAUAGGGGAAGCUACGCUUGUGUGUGUGAACCCAGCCACCCAGUCCCUUUACACCGCGUCUCUGGGCACCGAGGAAGAGAUGAAGGAGAUUCCGCUGCAGUCUCUUGGGCUGGAGUUUACUGACCUUUCCCAGCCCCACAUCCUGCCCUCUCAGCCGAACCCCGCCAGAGCUUCCCGGGCCCAGUUCUUCCUGCGCCUGUCUCCAAGCCACUUUGCCCUGUUGCAGUAUCGGAACGGCAUGUUGAGCCUCCUUCGGAACUUCCCGCAGGCCAGCCUUGUGACCUUUGCAACUACUGGAGAGAAGACCGUGGCGGCCCUCCUCACCUGCAAGGGCGAAGGGGAGGCCCUCUCUUGCCCCGGCCAGUCCUACACCAUCAACUUGCACCUGGCUGAAACCGGACAGAGGCUGCUGGACACCGUCAUCACCUUCACGCUGGAGAAGAGCAGCACCAGGCCUGAGCAGCUGUACGUUCAGGUCUUUUUGAAGAAAGACGACUCGGUGGGCUACCGGGCCUUGGUGCAGACGGAGGACCACGUGCUUCUGUUCCUCCAACAGCCAGGAAAAAUUUGGUGGAGCAGGGAAGAGUCUCUGGCCGAGGUGGUGAGCCUGGAGAUGGUUGACCUGCCCUUGACGGGGGCCCAGGCAGAACUGGAGGGCGAAUUUGGGAAGAAAGCCGACGGCCUCCUCGGCAUGUUCUUCAAGCGCCUGUCCUCGCAGCUCAUCCUGCUCCAGGCCUGGACCGCCCACCUCUGGAAGAUGUUCUACAACGCCCGCAAGCCCCGGAGCCAGGCGAAGAACGAGAUCAACAUUGACAACUUGGCCCGGGAUGAGUUCAACCUGCAGAAGAUGAUCGUGAUCGUCACUGCCUCGGGGAAGCUCUUCGGGAUCGAGAGCAGCUCGGGGACGAUCCUGUGGAAGCAGUUCCUGCAGGACGUGCGCCCCGGCUCUUCCUUCAAGCUGAUGGUCCAGAGGACGACUGCGCAUUUCCCUCACCCACCGCAGUGCACCCUGUUGGUCAAGGACAAGGAGUCGGGCCUCAGCAAGCUCUACGUCUUCAACCCCAUCUUUGGGAGGUGGAGCCAAGUGGCCCCCCCGGUGCUGAAUCGCCCCGUCCUUCAGUCUGUUCUGCUUCCCAUCAUGGACCAGGAUUACGCCAAAGUGCUGCUGCUGAUUGACGAUGCCUCCAAGGUCACCGUGUUCCCGGCCACAAGGAAUGUUCUGCGCCAACUGGAGGAAAUGGCCCCGUCCAUCUCGUUCUAUCUGGCGGACGCCAAGCGGGGGAAGUUGGUGGGGCGCAGGUUGAGAAAGGAUCUGACAACUGAAGAGACGUGGGACAUCACCAUCUCUCCAGAGCUGCAGCGCAUUGUGACCGUGAAAGGGAAGCGAGCCAACGAGCAUGUCCACUCUCAAGGCCGUGUGAUGGGCGACCGCAGUGUCCUUUACAAGUCGCUGAACCCCAACUUGCUGGCUGUGGUGACCGAAAGCACAGACGCCCACCCGGAGCGCUCGUUCAUCGGAAUCUACCUGAUUGACGGCGUCACUGGCCGGAUCAUCCACUCUUCGGUGCAGAAGAAGGCCGAGGGGCCGGUGCACAUCGUCCAUUCAGAGAACUGGGUGGUGUACCAGUAUUGGAACGCCAAAGCCCGCCGGAACGAAUUCACGGUGCUGGAGCUGUACGAAGGGACCACGCAGUACAACGUGACCGCCUUCAGCUCCCUGGACCGGCCGCACUCGCCUCAAGUGCUGCAGCAGUCAUAUAUUUUCCCCUCGGCCAUCAGCACCGUGGAGGCCACCAUCACUGAACGGGGCAUCACCAGCCGCCACCUGCUGAUUGGUCUUCCCUCGGGGGCCAUCCUUUCACUCCCCAAGGCUUUGCUGGAUCCACGGCGGCCGGAAGUCCCAACAGAGCAAACGAGGGAAGAAAACCUGAUCCCUUAUUCCCCAGAUGUGCAAAUCCACGCCGAGAGGUUCAUCAACUACAAUCAAACCAUCUCCCGCAUGAGGGGCAUCUAUACAGCCCCAUCGGGCCUUGAGUCAACCUGUCUGGUUGUGGCAUAUGGGCUAGACAUCUACCAGACCCGGGUCUAUCCAUCCAAACAGUUUGAUGUCCUGAAAGACGACUAUGAUUACGUCUUGAUCAGCAGUGUGCUGUUCGGGCUGGUCUUCGCCACCAUGAUCACCAAGAGGCUGGCUCAGGUGAAGUUGCUCAACCGCGCCUGGCGGUAACAGGAGAGACCCCCCCAGGCCAGCCCUUGAGGACAGACUGCUGAGCCCACACAAGGAGAUCCCAGUGGGUUGCAGCAUCGCUUGAAAGGAGUCCUGCCACUUUCCCCUUGGUGAAGAGGGAACUGUGGGGUUGUGCUGCCUAUUGCCAAAGCUCGUCUUGAUUCGCUAUGGAAAAUGAGAAAGUCCAGGAAGGGGAAUGUUCUGUGAAACAAGCCGCUUUGAAAACGUUUUCCUGUCCCUCAAUGCCUGCACUGCAAAACUGCUUUGCCGUUAAACUUCCUUUCUUUCCCCUGAAACUGCUAUAAAAUACACCCUCUGUAUUUUCAGCCUGCUUUUUCCCUGAAAUUUGAGCUGGGCCACCAUUUCUCUAUAGCCUGCUUCUGUCGUCUCCCCCUCUCUGAUUUUCAGUGGAAGGAAAUGGCUAGUGGGGAAACAGCCUUUGGAACUGUAUGAAAAGCAGCUUGGAAAUGCAGAAGGUGAAUGUGGAAAAAAUGGACACGAGCUGGGCAGAGUGAGCCCGUUUGCUCUUUAGGGUCCCAAGCAAGGGCUUUAUGGAAAUGCAGUUUGUCUUUUCCCUGCACUGAAUUUUUUUAACCUCUUUUUCUUAACUGGCCCCCUCGUUCUUAGAUUUUUUUUUCCUUUGUCUUUUAAUUCCUAAUUUAUAUUGAAUUUUUUUAGGAAGUCCAGAUUUGGGUUUUGGGAGUACUUGAAGCUUGUUGGAAAAAGUAGUUGUAUGUUCUUGAAGAAACAUUUUCUGUAAUGCUCUUCCCUUUCUUCUUAUGGCACAUGGGGGUGUUGCUGGCUUGCUAAGAGCCAACCAGUCCGUCGGUAAUUAUUUAUAUUUAUUCUGAAGGGAGACUCGGAGGGGGGGUGCAUCGCAGUAGGCAGAUUCAUUAUGGGCAGAGUCUGAAUCUGGAGUUUGCAGGGUUAGGAAUCUGUAUUAUCUGUCGGAAAAACGUGAAGUCAGACCUUCUCCCUGUAUCCAGAUCAAGCACAGCAGAAAUAAAAUAAAAAUGGAUUUGUUCA